CCUCGCUGGAUCCAGUGCGUCACUCUCCUGUAACCUGGGCCGGACAAGCAGCAGCAAGACCCGCUCGCCCGACGCUGAAAACACGGAACAAUGGGUUGGCAGGAGCGAGGAUGGCUCGUGUGUGCGAGUUUUCUGGGACUCGUGGCCUCGGUGCAGAGCAUAACGAGGGGAGAGCUGUUCCCUCACGGUCCGAGCGCCAGGGACCAGAUCCUGGAGCCGGGGACUGACCAGACGCACCGCAUUGAGCUGCAAAAGCCAGUGCUAUUCUAUGAUGGCACUUUCGACAGCAUCUUUAUCAACACCAAUGGUUUUGUUGCCACAGCACAACCGACAAGUGAGUCGACAUAUCUUGGCAAAAUGCCCGCAAAGUUUGGCAUGAUUGCGGCUCUGCAAGGGGACCUGGACACGAGUGACGGUGUGGGGAAAGUUUACUUCCGCCAAGACUCCAGUCCUGAGGCCCUGCGUCGGGCAGCCGAGCACAUCAACAGAGCCUUCCCUGAGGACGAUGAAGUCAAUCCCACCAACACCGUGGUGAUCACCUGGGUCGAUGUCGCCACCCAGGAACCUCAAAGCAGAGACAAGAAGAGAAACACCUUCCAGCUGGUUAUAGCCCCCGUGGAGACCGCCUCGUAUGCUAUUUUCCUGUAUACAAGGGAUGGGAUACAGUCUACCUCCACGCCUGCAGGAGACAGCAGUGUGAUCAUGCAUACCGGCUUCAGCAAGGGUCAGGUCCGGGGUUUCUUGUUCAACAGCCAGGGGCCGUACUACCGCACCACCACUGAUGACGAGGCAUCUGUCAGGGCUUUACCAGAGGAAACCAACUCUGGCAUGCGGGGUGUGUGGGUGUACGAGAUCGGUACAUCACCCUAUUUUACCAAUGUGGCUCCAGGUGAGGUCACUGGCCUGCCCACUGAGGCCCCAGCCCAUGUGGCCCCCAAUAGCCAUGAAGAGGACACUGAUGCAAGGAGGCCUGUGUAUACCAAUGGACAGCAAGUAGAGUACCCUACGUAUGAACCAGAGGGAGGACAGGUCCAAGUCCAUCCUGUUCAGUAUCAGCCACAUCAGCCUCAGAACCCAGAAGUGGUGGUGGUGGACGACACAGAUAUAAAUGUCGAUGUGUUCUCAUAUAACCUUGGGAAAUGUGCGAACAGCAGGAAUAAGUGUUCCCAGUUUUCUGACUGCAAGGACUACUCUAAUGGAUACUGCUGCCACUGCAGGCCUGGCUUCUAUGGCAACGGGAUACAGUGUGUGGCAGAGGGAAAGCCCCAGAGGAUGAACGGUAAAGUGCACGGAAAAGUGUAUGUCGGCAACUCUCCUUCUCCACUGGAGUUCAGCAGCAAUGAUCUCCACUCGUACGUUGUUGUAAACGACGGUCGAUCCUACGUCGCCAUCAGUGACAUCCCACAGACUCUUGGGCCCUCGCUGCAACCCUUGGCGGCCCUUGGUGGGGUGAUUGGAUGGGCCUUUGCUCUGGAGCAGCCUGGCUUCAAGAACGGCUUCAGUACUAUCGGGGGGGAGUUCACACGGACGGCUGAUGUGACCUUCCUGCCAGGGAAUGAGAAGCUUACCAUCAAGCAGGAGUUCAGAGGCAUCGAUGAGCAUGACCACCUGGCGGUGAGCACCACCCUGGAAGGCCGGGUCCCUGAGGUGCCUCUCGGCGCCAGUGUGCAGAUGGAGCGUUACUCAGAGAUCUACCAGUACAGCAACAACUUGAUCACCUCAUCCUCCACUCGGGACUAUGUAGUGAGCUUGCCAGAUGGAUCCACUGAAACCAGGACGUACCAGUGGCGUCAGACCAUCACCUUCCAGAGCUGCCAGCACGACGAGUCUGCCAGAGCCAUGAAACCGACCCAGAUGCUGAGCGUGGACCAGGUCUUUGUCAUGUACGACGCUAAUAAUGAGCUCAUCCGGUUCGCCAUGAGCAACAAGAUCGGGGAUGUCAACGGAGGGCAGCCAGAAGAGAAUCCGUGUUUCACAGGGCGACACGGCUGUGACACCAACGCUGUUUGCCGACCUGGAGAGGGAAAUCAGGUCACCUGCCAGUGUGCGGCUGGAUUCAACGGUGAUGGACGCACAUGUUAUGACAUUGAUGAGUGCAGAGAGGACCCUCAGAUCUGUGGCUUUAACGCCAUCUGCAACAACCAGCCCGGGACCUUCCGCUGUGAAUGUGAAGACGGAUAUCAGUUUGGCAGCGAUGGGCAGACCUGUGUUGAGGUUAGGCGACCCGUUGAUGCCUGCGAAGAAGGAACCCAUACCUGUGACAUUCCUGAGCGCGCUCAGUGCAGCUACACCGGAGGCUCGUCCUACAUCUGCUCCUGUCUGCCUGGGUUCAUAGGAGACGGUAGAAUCUGCCAAGACAUAGACGAGUGCCAGACAGGCAGGUGCCACCAGGAGGCUGUGUGUCAAAACACCCAGGGAUCAUUUACCUGCCAGUGCAGGCCGGGUUCCUAUGGCGACGGCUUGUCCUGCUUCACAGGGAGGACAACAACGCGAUGCGAGAGCCACAGAGACAAUCUGCUAAGUGUGACAGAGUUAGGUCCCCGGGGCCCCCGUCCUGUCCCCGGACAGUACAUCCCCACAUGUGACGAGAACGGUGCCUACGAACCAAUGCAGUGCCACGGCAGCACAGGAUACUGCUGGUGCGUGGACCGGGAUGGACAAGAGCUCCUUGGGUCUCGGUCUGGACCUGGCAGCAGACCAAUGUGUAUCGACCAUGAUGGGGGUCCACCACCUAUCGGACCCACCACUCGACCCGACGUCCACCCCCUGCCCUCAGGAACCCACCUGCUGUUUGCCCAGAGCGGCAGGAUAGAGUACGUCCCCCUGGAAGGUUACGACAUGAAAAAGGAUGGUGCGAAGGCUGUCCUCCAUCUUCCUGAGAAGGUAAUCAUCGGAGUGGCCUAUGACUGUGUGGAGAAAAUGGUCUACUGGACAGAAAUCACAUCUCCUUCGAUCAGCAAGGCCAACAUCCAGGGGGGGGAGCCCGUCACUGUCAUUAGAUCAGAUUUGCACAGUCCAGAGGGAAUCGCCAUCGAUCACUUGGGACGAACUAUGUUCUGGACAGAUUCGGUGAAGGAUCGCAUUGAGGUCGCCUCUCUGGACGGGACCCAGCGUCGGGUCAUUAUAGACUCUGGUCUCGUCAACCCCCGAGCUAUUAUCACUGACCCUCCCAAUGGUAAUCUGUACUGGUCCGACUGGAACCGCGACGCUCCCAAGAUCGAGACCUCUUACAUGGACGGAUCCAACCGGAGGGUUCUGGUUAAAGACGACCUGGGCCUGCCCAACGGCCUGACCUACGACUCUCAGAGCUCUCAGCUCUGCUGGGCAGACGCAGGCACACAUAAAAUGGAGUGCAUGCAUCCUGGCCGGGGAGACCGCAGAAAGGUCCUGGAGGGGAUUCAGUACCCCUUCGGAAUUACUUCAUAUGGGAAGAACAUCUACUACACUGACUGGAGGAGGGAUGCCGUGGUUGCGGUAGAUCGCUACACAGGCACGGAAUCAGACGAGUUCCAGCCUCAGAAACGGACCAAGUUAUAUGGGAUCACCACAGCCUAUGCCCAGUGUCCUUCAGGACAAAACUACUGUGCUGUGAACAACGGGGGCUGCACUCACCUCUGUUUAGCGACUCCCAACGGCCGCUCCUGCAAGUGUCCCAGCAACGCAGUGGGCGUGAGCUGCGUGGAGAGCGACAGCGGGAACUGACGUGAGGCGGCCCGCAGAUGACAUUGUUUGGAUGUUUGACAGCAAAUUAGGAGCCACUCAGCAUUACUAAACUGUAGCUGCUCAAAACCGCCACUGUAAACCAGAGGUGAAAUUACUGUGCCUUUUUAUUUCUCAGUGUUAUGCUUAUCUACAGUUUUUUUUUACAUUUCCCAUAUGCCUUUAUAAAUUCACGUUUUGCCUUCCAGAAUUGUAAAUAUAAACACUUUUAUGUUGACUUAUUUCUUUGAGUGCACAUAAACUGAGAAUAAAGCUCAUAAUUUAAUGUGAAAUACAUCUAACAGCAAUGCAUGACAUCAUCUCAUGUUUGGCUGAUCCCAUAGGUUGUCUCAUGGACAUAUUCAUGUGGAAUAUGAUUGUAAGAGUCUGUUACAAACUGGUGGGAUGUGUUUACAUGCUGGGCAACAAAAGAUUAAACAUUUUUCUAACA